AUGUCUGGAGCGGUAAAUCUCACUGCGAGCUUGCUUUGUAAAUGCCUCAUGCAAGUACCUCGACGAAAGCACUGUACCAAAGUAUCCGCCUGGGCCGUCCCCUCCUACACCUUUUUCCACGUACACAUCAUCAGACGCCAAGACAAACAUUUUUGUGUGUCCAGACUUCCCACAUACCCUGACGACAAGAUGGCGGAUGCGCGCGGGGAGUACUGGUAUUACGAAGAUGGUGUGGAUGCGAACAAGAUCACGGUGCCCGAACUCCGCAGCAUCCUCCUUCGCCACGGCGUCACUUAUCCAUCUUCGGCAAAGAAGCCUAUUCUCGUAGGCCUCUUCAACGACGUCGUCCUGCCCCAAAAAUCCCAAGUUCAGCGGGCGUAUGCGCGGACGAAGCGAUCAACGCGGGGCAUCGUAGACGUACCUUCCAGCUCAGCCAGCACAGUGGAUACAACCGAUGUCGAAGACGAAACACUCGUGGCUCCCGCACCCGCGACUGGUCGAAGAACACUACGAAGAACGGGGCGCGCAACGACGGAGGAGGCAGAUGCGCCUGCACCACGUUCCAAAACACCUUCCCGCACUGUGCCUGCAAAGCAUAGCAGGGCUGCGGAGCCUGAAGUAGAUGAGCGGCCUGCAGCUAGACGCACGCGCAAGAGCGCUACACCUGCUCCACUCCCACUCCCAAAAGAGCCAUCACCUGAACCAGAAGCGUGGCACCGUAACGAUGCGGCGAGCCCUUUUACCCAAGAAAACCCGUUCCAGAGUGGAAGCUCCCCCGCGAUACCAGACACUAUUUCGCGCGAACGUCGAAGGCGAACCACAGGAUAUAGCCAGCAUGAGAGGCGCAAGAGUGAUGUGCACCGCCGACGAACAGUCCAACCCAAGACUGAACAAAUAGACGAUGGUAUCAUGGUGCCUACACGCGGAACAUUCGAUGUCGCCGAUCCCCGUACAAAGCAUGAGGAGGAGGAGGAUACCGCAGACGCUGGGGAAGAGUUUACGCCUGAGGAGCAGCUCGAGCUGGUGCGUGAGCGUGCAAAGGCCGGCGAGGUGGACAUUCUCCCACCAAGAAAAAGACAGAAGAAAAACAAGGCUACUGGUACCAUCAAAGCGAUGGCAGGAACUAUCCUCCUUACUGCUACAGCGGCCUUUGCUGGCGUUUGGCGACAAGAGAAGAUCAAUGUUGGUUUCUGCGGUAUUGGGCGAGAGGCUACUGCACUUGCUGGUGUAGAGAUACCGAGCUGGGCCGAUCAAAUCCUCCCGCAGUGUGAGCCUUGCCCACCACAUGCCCAGUGCUAUCGAGGCUUGAAUGUCCGAUGUGAUCCCGAUUUCAUCAAGAAGGACCAUCCACUGUCACUUGGUGGCCUGGUGCCUCUUCCACCGACAUGCGAGCCGGAUAGCGAGAAGACUCGUAAAGUAAACGGCAUUGCCAACAGGGCCGUGGAGGUCCUUCGCCAACGCAAGGCACAGUACGAAUGUGGUGAGCCUGACGCAGAAGGACAUCCCGUAGAAAGCCCUGAGGUCAGCGAAGUUGACCUAAAGGAGCAAAUGGCUGCACAAAAAAGCAAGAGCUUGACGGAUCAAGAGUUUAGCGAUUUAUUUGACAGGGCUUUUCCUGAGCUUCUGAUGCGUGAAGAGGUAGUGCAAACUACUGAUGAAACAACCGGCAAACGACGUCUUGCAUCAACCUCUCUCGCAAAGCUCUCCCUCUCCUGUAGCGUCCGAAGAUCCCUCCGACAGUCUUUUGAACGACAUCUUCUCCAGAUUGUAAUGUUCUUCCUAGUGAUUGCUACGGGCUUAUACGGAAAAUACUCAUAUACAAGCAAUCGAGCAAUGGAAAUCCGCGCAAAGCAGCUAGCCAGCGACGCUUACGACAGACUGCAAGACCAAGCUGCACUCAGCUACCAAGCGCCCGGUGUAGAAAAGGGCAUUAGCAUGACACAGCUUCGGGACGACGUCUUACGCACUGAGUUCAAUGCGUCCCGGCGGCAGAAACUGUGGAAAAGAGUCCAGGCGAAAGUUGAGAAGAAUAGCAACGUCCGUGCGGGUGUCCGCACAACAGCCAAUGGUGACGUUGCUCGAAUGUGGGAGUGGGUCGGCCCUGUGAGGCGACUCGAGGAUGGUCGAAGUAGUGGUGCCCGAGAUAGCGGGCGCUUCAGUCUUGGUAUGGGCAGCAGCCCGCCAUCUGCUUCAAAAGAUGUGAAGGAUGUGAAGGAUGUUCAGAAAUGGGAAGAGGGCCGUCCUGUCUACUAGGAUUGCAUUUGUGGAUUUCUUUUGUUCUUCAGAAUGACUUCAUAAGUUGGUUAUGACAAUCAAGAGAAGAUGGACGGGGAAACAUUUUCAUUGGAUUUGCUGCGCAUGAU